AUGCUUCGAAGUAUAUUCUCCAAGCGCUGCUUUUGUGCAGCCACUACAUUGUCUUCUCCACGGCCAUGGCUUUUGGUGGGUUUGGGCAAUCCAGGAGACAAAUUUGUGGGUACCAGACACAAUGCUGGAUUUGAGUUGAUUGAUGCAUUUGCAAGGUCACAAGGGAUUUCAAUGGAAUCUGUCCACUGCAAAGCUAUAUUUGGGAAAGGCCUGGUCAAUGGUGUUCCAGUUUUCUUGGCAAAGCCUCAGACUUACAUGAAUUUGAGUGGUGAAUCUAUUGGUCCCCUUGCGGCUUAUUACAAGCUUCCUCUUAAUAGAGUGCUAGUGGUUCAUGAUGACAUGGAUUUACCUUGUGGAGUUCUUCGUCUUAAUCCUUUGGGAAAUCACGGAAGUCACAACGGGCUUAAAAGCGUGAUCCAUCAUUUUCGGGGGAAUAGAGAAUUUCCUAGGCUAAGAAUUGGUAUAGGGAGGCCGGCUGGUCAAAUGGAUCCGAAAGCAUUUUUACUCCAAAAGUUCAAUGCCAGUGCUCGAGAGCGGAUCGAUGCUGCAUUGGUAGAAGGUGUUGAUGCUCUUGAACAGCUUUUAUCAAAAGGCUUGACAGAAGCUUCUAGAUACUUUAAUAGGGAUCAGAAGUACAAACACAUUAGGCUGCAGACAAUGCCCGUCUGA